AGGCAUUGGACACAAUAAAGACUCAAUAGGAUUAAGUUAUAAAACCUAGCGUUCAUCAGAACCGUCAAUUCUAGGGUUUUAGCUUCUCAAUCUUUCCUUCCCCCGCUCUCUCCCUUCAAGUUCAUCUCCCGAUUUUUCCAAUCAUUUUCCGUCGUAAGUUCUUCAGUUAUGGAGUCCAGAGAAGCAGAUGCCAACUAUGGUGCUCAGGCUGAGCCUCAUGUUAACGACGAUAUACAUCAUAAUCAUGACGAUGGUGAGAGGUCUCAGCCUCGUUCUGGCGAUGGAGCUAGUGCUGGAAAAAUAUUCAUAGGAGGUUUAGCUAGAGAAACAACUUCUGUCCAAUUUGUCAAGCAUUUUGGCAAGUAUGGUGAAAUCACAGAUUCUGUAAUAAUGAAGGAUCGGAGGACCGGUCAACCACGUGGAUUUGGCUUCAUCACUUAUGCAGAUCCUUCUGUAUUGGAUAAAGUCAUUCAGGAUACCCAUGUUAUAAAUGGGAAACAAGUAGAAAUCAAGCGAACAAUACCAAAGGGUGCAAUCGGAUCUAAGGAUUUCAAAACAAAAAAGAUAUUUGUGGGUGGAAUUCCAACAUCCAUUAAUGAAGAUGAGUUCAGAGACUUCUUUUCCAAAUUUGGUGAUGUAACAGAGCACCAAAUAAUGCGUGACCAUUCUUCAAAUCGUUCUCGUGGCUUUGGGUUUGUGACAUUCGAUUCAGAAGAGUCUGUUGAUGAUCUUUUGUCGAAGGGAAACAGAAUUGAGUUUGCUGGAACUCAGGUGGAGAUUAAGAAGGCAGAGCCAAAGAAACCAAAUCUUCCUGCACCCUCCAGACGUUAUAAUGAUUCGAGGUCUUCCCAUGGUGGGGCAUUUGGUGACGAUGCAUAUGGCGGGUAUGAAGGUGGUGGAUUUGGUCCUGCUUCCUAUCGAGCUGGUGCAGGAUAUGGGGCAAGAGCUGGUGGAUAUGGUGGUGGAUAUGGUGGUCCUGAUUUUGGCGGUUAUGGAGGAUAUGGUGCAGGUGCCAUGGGUCCUUACAGGGGAGAUCUCUCGUAUGGAUAUUCUGGCCGUUAUGGCAGUGGUGGCUUCAGUAGAGGAGGUUAUGAGAUGGGCAGUGGUUACGGUGGGCCUGGCGAUGGUUAUGGGGGUUAUGGUGGGUCUGGAUCGGGAAGCGGAUAUGGGGGAGGUUACGAUUCUGCCAUGGGAAGCAGCUAUGGAGGCAGCAGUGGUGGUUCCAUGUAUGGCAGUGGAAGUAGCGGUAGAGGAGGAUUUAGUGGUGGCGGCGCAGCAGCAAAUGGGCGCUAUCAUCCAUAUUCCAGGUAGCAUGGUGUAAGAACAGAUAAAUCCCUCAGAAAACCGCCUUUGCUUGUGCUAGUGCUAGUUUGAUGUAUUCUGUUUAAACAUAUUGAGGUCUCCGUCUUUUACAUUUUUCACUUGUAUGCUUUUUGGUUUGGCAUUAAAUGAUAGGAAACCCGAGCUUUUAUUUGCAGCGAUAAGAGGCACGUCCUGUUAAUUGAUUAUUUACUGCACUCGUAUACAGUGGUGUGGUUAUGGUUAUAUAUGUAUGGAUUAGUUAAACUGCCAUAAAACAAGGAUUCAAGUCUUAGAUUUAGUACUA